UACGACACGCUCUACACCGGGGGCUAUAGAUUGGCGCCACCGAAAGUCACGCACGCGUCCUAUAUUAUCCGAGCACACCGAAAUAUAUGUAUUAUCGUCGUCAUCGUCUCGUUAUAUUACCACAGUCGUUGCAGACGCAACAGGCACUCUGAGUGCUGAAGCACUACUAUUGCCCACGGCCCCGAGGAAUUCGAGAGCGACGUGCAAAGCAACAGAACCCACGGUGGCAGCGACUACGGUCAAAUCGGUCAUGAUGGCGGCGGCGAUCGCCACGAACCACACGGGUGUCGGCGACAUGUCGGACGACAAUGUUUACGAACCGUACUCCAACCGGCCGGAGACGUACAUCGUUCCGGUGGUGUUCGCCAUGAUAUUCGUAGUGGGCGUACUGGGCAACGGCACGCUGGUGUUGGUGUUCAUCAGGCACCGGAGCAUGCGCAGCGUGCCCAACACGUACAUACUGAGCCUGGCACUGGGCGACCUGCUGGUCAUCAUCACGUGCGUGCCGUUCACGUCCACCGUGUACACGGUCGAGUCGUGGCCAUAUGGCGAGCUCAUAUGCAAGCUCAGUGAGGCCACCAAGGACGUGUCCAUCGGUGUGUCCGUGUUCACGCUGACCGCGCUCAGCGCCGAGAGGUACUGCGCCAUUGUGAACCCCAUCCGACGGCACGUGUCAUCAAAACCGUUCACAUUGAUGACGGCCAUAGCCAUAUGGAUAUUGGCCAUGGUUCUGGCCACGCCGUCUGCCACGUUCUCGCACCUGGCCACCGAGCCGAUACCCAAUACGAACCUGACCAUCGAGUACUGUUACCCGUUUCCGAUGGAGCUGGGCAGCGGUUACGCACGCGGCAUGGUCAUGUUCAAGCUGCUCACGUACUACGUGGUGCCGCUGUGCGUGAUCGGGUGCUUCUAUCUGCUGAUGGCCCACCACUUGAUGGUGUCCACGCGCAACAUGCCCGGGGAGCUGCAGCACGCCGGUCAGUCGGGCCAAAUCCGGGCCCGGAAGAAGGUGGCCAAGAUGGUUCUGUCGUUCGUCGUCAUAUUCAUGAUCAGCUUCCUGCCGUACCACGUGUUCAUGGUGUGGUUCCACUUCAACCCGUACUCGCACGACGAGUACGACGACUACUGGCACGCGUUCCGCAUCGUCGGAUUCUGUCUGAGCUUCAUCAACUCCUGCGUGAACCCUGUGGCGUUAUACUUCAUCAGUGGCGUGUUCCGCAAACACUUCAACCGGUACCUGUUCUGCUGCUGCCCGUUCGCCCGGUCUGGCCCGGCCACCGUCGAGUCCACCAUCCAGGACAUCAACCUGACGCACGUCAACAGCACGUCGUGCCGGCGACUCAACUCGGUCAUCACCAGCCACACGCUCGGCCACGCUACCUGACGGGCGGCCUGCGGCGGAAGGCCCAACGCCAACGGCUGCAAACGCCCCGAGGACUUCAACGUCGUCUGAUAACGAUAACAAUAUUAUAUUAUAACGCUGAUGACGAGGGCGGUGACGGCGAUCGCGUGAUAUACCUAGGUUACGUCAAACGAAUAUUAUAUUUUGUAUUGGUAACGUUAGCGAUACUGUCACAGAUCUUGGUAUAAUAUUAUAAUAACACCCACGGGUGACGACGAGUCGAGACUCGGGCGCACCCCAUCGUUUGUAUACAGUAUAAUAUUAUGAUGGGUGGUGUAACACGCUGUGGGGUGACUGGCGAUAGAUUUCUUUCCGUUCGGAGGACGCGUGUCAUCGGUUACCGUACUUACCACAAACGAACACGCACGGUACUUCGAAUGUCGGUCCAUACCACUAUACUGUUAUACCCGCGGCGUAAAUACUGUAAAUGUGAGGGGGCACCUAUAAUAUUGUUUUGUAUCCGACCGCUAUUUUUUUUUUAUGAAAUUUGUGUUAUUAUAAUUCAUAAAAAUAUGUAUUUGUGUACGUACGUUUCCGUAAUGCGUCUACGUAAUGUCGUGGAUCGUGCACAGAGGUCACGGGUCAAUCGCAGCGUCUUUUUAUCAAACACAUUAUCCCCCCCCCCCUCUCCCAAAGUGCACCGUCUGUUUUUAUAAUAAUAAUAAUAUUAUGAUCUGUGAUAUUAUCGAAAUUCGUUAUAGUAGUUGUAUCAGUGCAGCGGCUAUACGACGACACGCCCUCGCCAUCACCGUGCUAUAUUACGAGCAUUAAUAGUAUUAUACAAAAACGAUUUAUUUUUCAAUGUUGGUCUUCAUCCGCAUCUCUUUUUCUCUUCGUUUCGCCUGCACAACUUUCUUCCCGAACUCGGCGACACGAGUAAUGUCGGCACAUUACCGCCACUGCCCGCAACGACUUCCUCGUAAAUUGUUCCUCCGAAUCCAUAUUACCGCUAUAUAUAUAAUCCAUGUAUAUAUAUAUAUUAUAUACGAUAUAGAUGUAUUCGCAGUAGGUGUAAGUACUGACGACGGCUUUAAGAUAAAUUGUCUCGUUCGACAAGUUUCCAGCUAUACGAGUCCUGUUACGGCUGCGAGCGUCGUCUCACAAUAUACGUGGCCUCGUACGUGGCCGUAUAAAAUACGAUAAUAUGAUAUUAUUAUUAUUUUAUAGUAGUGAUAUCAGUUGUAGUUGGAAAAGUAUUUCGAUUCGAGGCUCAGGUUUUUUAUUAUAUUAUAUCAAAAUCAGCUUAUACUUUGUACUGUUACUCGACUUCAAUUUUUUUUUAUCCGCACAUGGUCUUACUUAUGUAGUUUUGCUUUUACAAAUAUUGUAUUACGUCCCUACUUAAUCUUAUAGGUAUACCAUACCGCACACACUUCACGUCCAGAAUGGUUUCUUUCAGGACGAUCAAUGUUACAUACAAUUUAAAAACCUACUCGAGAUGACGCGUCUUAGAGGCGGGAUUGAACUAAACAUUGGCUGCCCAAGUAAUACUAAUACAUAUAUUGAAAUACUAAUAUCGAUUUUCACUUCGGAAAUUACUUCAACCACAUGAAUCAAAAUAUUAUUAUGAUCUUAAAUGUAGGUUAUGUUAUAAUUUACAUGAUAUAUAAAUAAUCAUAUCUUUAAUUAAACCCACCUCAUUCAUCAAAUCUUCAAAAGUUUAUUCGUUUAGUAGGUAAGUAGAAAAAUCAAAAUUGAUAUCACAAAAUAUAAAUGUUACAUAAAAAUAAGUCCAGGGAAAUUAUGAAAUUAUGUCCUGAGUUAAAUAUUAUAAGAAAUUAGUAAUUUCUAGAAUUAAUGUUGAUUAUCAAAUACUAGCGUCUGACAACCAAUUCUAUAAAUUCUAACAUGAAACCAGCAAAGAGCCACAGGUGGUGAAUUAUUGCCACCUUAAAACGCCCAUGUCGUAUAACUGUAUAUUUUGAUGCUGGAACUUUCAUAUUAUGCGUAACACUAUAACGGAGAAAUUCAAAAAUAUACAACAUUUAAAAAUUUACACAACUUAUCAACUUUCAGUAUUUAACAGUUGUGCAAAAUAAUGAUUUUAUAAAUUUUGUCAGGUAAUUUAUAAUUUUGUAUUUAAACACUUUUGUUCAAGAACUAAUUGUCACAGUAUUUUAUAUCUAUACACACAUUGUGCAAUAUAAAUUGCAUAAAGGUUUGAUCGGCUUAAAAAAUAAUUCAUGUCAAACAAAUCUGCAGUAAUAACUGGUUGCAUAUACUUAGUGAUAAUACCAAUAGUAGUAAUAAAAGCUAUACAUUUUUAAUUUUAGCAUAGGUAAGCUAUUUCGUAAGAUAUAUGAUAUUUAUUUACCUUGUUAUAUUUAAAAUUAAAUAAUUAUAGAAGCAGGCGUAGACUGGCCGGGAUGCUACAGUAUCUCUUGCCCUAAAAUAUAUUUGCCUAAUAUUAUUUAUUAUAUAUUUAAAGACUCUAGACACCUAAUGAACAGCAGAUUGUUGUUAUCAACUUACAAUUACUAGUAAUCUAUAGUAUUGUACAACUUUGAUUGAAAGUUGGUUGUAACUUGGUACUUAUUUACGUUUUUAACGUAUAUUCAAUAUUUUUUUAAAACAAAAUAAAAAUAUAUUAAUAUUUUAUAAAUAAUCUACAUGUAUUAAAUUCGCCCUAACAAUUUUUGUUAUUUGCCCUUUAAAUUGAGUAGUAUUCCGUGCCCUAUUUCACCAGUCCGCGCCUGUAUAAUAAAUUAUACAUAUUGUAAUAUAUUUAAAUAUAAUAAUGUACGUAAGUAUUACGUAUAUAUUUUUAUUAUUAUUAAUUAUUUUAGAUAAAUACAUUCAGCAUUUACUACACCCAAAAUAAAAGAUCUAUUAUAUUUUAUUGUUACAAGUUAUAAAUUGUAAUACAAAUGACUCCAUGGAUGUUUACCACGUCAUAUUUCAUAUAAAAUCAAUGUUGUUGUUCUUAGUUGUCGCGUCUUAAUUUUAAAAAAAAUAUGAUGAUAAUGAUAACAAAACAAAAUGGGAUAUUUUAAUGGUUAUUUAAAAUCAAUUAUGUAAUAGAUAUAAUGCACUACUGUCGUAAUGCUAUUAUUUCAUAUAAAAAAUAUAACGAUUGUGUUGCAAACACUACUGGUUGCAAUUUUUUAGAAAUGAAAAGUAUAUACUAUUUAGAUUUAUGAGUUUUUAUUAUCAUUUUACUGUUAACUUAAUGUUAUGAUUCAUUAAUUUUGAAUUAUAUAACUCAUUAUUAUUAAAAAAUAACAGAUAGUUAAUCAUUAAACAAAAGAAAAAAAUUAAAAACAACUGGAUUUAAAUUAAAUUAAAUUAAUUUUAUUUUAUAUAGUAUAAUAUACUUCCAUGGAAAAUACAAUUUAGUACCUAUAAAAUGUAUUACCUCCACGAACAAAAAAAUG